AUGGCCGCCCAGCAGGAGCGGAGCGACGGGCACGCCGUGGCGCCGUUUUCGACGUCGUUGCUGCUGCCUAUUGAGAAUGUAUGGCUACAGGAGACCACGGAGAAGCUCCGCUCGCGCCCGACGGCGUGGGAGGGCUACCAGCGCGCGGGCCUGGUGACGAGCGACGAGGUGUCCAUGCUGCGCCUGGCCGAGCAGGCGGGCCAGUCGGGGGACCUGGCGCGCGUGUGUGCCGAUGGUGGCGCCUAUGCGGCGCUGUAUGUCCAGCUGCUCGGCAAGCUGAGCCGUGUGGAGACCAUCCAGACGGUGCUGAUCCUCACCGACGACCUCGUGCAGGCGGCGCCGGACCGCCUCGCGUGGUUCCUUGCGGCGGACCCGCUGCCGCCGCUGCGCAAGCUGCUUGACUCGGAGGACUCGUUUGUGUCGCUCCGGGCGGCGCAGUUCCUCACCCUGUGUCUCGUCGCGCUGGUGGGAGAGGGCGAGGCGCCGCCGCUCGACAUGGCGCUCGCCGUGAUAGACUACAUCAAGAAGGCGCUUGCGCCGCUCGCCAAGGGCGACGAGGCGGCCGAUAUGGCCGAGGGCCACGCGGCGCCCAUGGCGCUGUGUAUCGCGAGUGAGUUUCUGCGCACGGCGCGGGGCCGCACGUCGAUCUGGACGAAGGACAUGGAGAUGCGCGAGGCCGGGCAGGCGGACGCGGCGCUGAUUCCGCAGCUGCUCGCCGUGCUGCGCAAGACGUCGACGGGGAUGAGCGCGAGCACGGGCAACACGACGCUGCCGCAGCUGCACUACCAGGCCCUGUUCUGCCUGUGGCUGCUCACGUUCGACGCGGCGGCCGCGCGUGGCCUGGACCUGUACUUUGGCGCGGCGCCCGUGCUUGUGCAGGUCGCGCAGAAGGCACUGAAGCACAAGGUUGUGCGCAUGGUGCUGGCGAUCUGGCGCAAUAUGCUCGUGGCUGACGAGGCAGAGAACGCGCCGCGCCUGCUAGGCGCCAAGGUCCUGCCGCUGUGUGCCACACUCGAAGAGCGCCGAUACCCCGACAAGGAGAUGCUGGACGAUUUGAGCUAUAUGGCCGGUGUGCUGCAGCGCCAUCUGGACCAGAUGAGCUCGUACGAGCAGUACCGCUCCGAGCUGUAUAGUGGGCGCCUGAGCUUCGACAACCCCGCGCACGCCCUCGAGGACUUUUGGCGCGAGAAUGCGGAAAGGCUCACCGAGGACCACGACCGCGAUCUGAGGCAGCUCGUGCGUCUGCUCCAGUCGAAGGACGCGGAUCCCACGACGCUGGCCGCUGCGUGCGCCGACAUGGGGCACUUUGUACAGCACAUGGACGGCGGCCGCCGUCGCGCCGAUGCGCUCGGCGCCAAGAUCGCCAUCAUGCAGCUUGUCGAGCACGCAGACGCGAACGUGCAGUACCAUGCCCUGCAGACGCUCGCGCGGCUCGUCUCCACCAGCUGGCGGUAG